AAUCGUAUACUGAUCGUCAGUAGAAAAACGGCCAAAAUUGAACCCGGAUCGCUCGCCAGGUCUAUUCUCCCUGGGCGGGCUAUUGAUUACGUUGUCACUUUCAAGCCCGACUCGACCAUAAACCAGGCCUGGACCCGCCUUCGUCCACUCCCCGGCUUGUCCAUCAAGUCUUGGAAUCACACAACUCGAGCGCGUCGCAAUCCCAUCGCAAUCCAUGUGGACGCUAAGAGUCCCAUGAAAUCAUGGACUGACGGUAAACCACAGAUUGCAAUAUGGACGGAUGCUCUACUGAAACGUCUUUCUCUCAUUCAGGGCACUACGGUUGGACCCUGGCCUGCUCUCCCGCUUCUUGUUGCGCAGGGUCAUGAUUGGCACUUAUUAAUCGUCUCUAAGAAUAACCAGAAGAUGACCGUGUGGGAGCAGAUUACUAUCGGGAGCUCGAGGUCUUGCUUCGAUGCAAUGAAGGUAGUAGCAGUCUUGCAUUGGCUAAUGGAUUGGGCCGAACGAGUGUGGCGACCACGGUUCUUGUCGUUAGUG